UGAUAAUGGUGCCAACUAACUCAUCUUGAAUUUUCUGAAUAUUGAUUUAUCAAAAUUUCAAAAUGAAUUAGUUACUUUCCUGUUCAGCGUGGUAACUAUUACAGGCAAUGGCUGAGAAAACUGCCUUCAAGAUCAUCUCUAAAACACUGCGUCAAGUCAUCAACAGAAGUUCAUCAACGUUAAGUCACGCCAUGACAUCUGACUUAGCAGUACCUGGAUCAACAGUCAGGUCGUUUGAUGAGAUACCCGGUCCCACAGGAAUACACAGAUGGCCCGUGAUUGGUACCCUACUCAACUUUCAACCUUUUACGGAGUUUACAGCAGAGAACACAUACCAGCUGUUAAGGUCAAUGUAUCUUCAAUACGGGCCCAUCUUCCGCCUCAAGCUAGGCGAGGACACGGUGGUACUAACAGAUCCUGAAGACGUGGGUACAGUGUACGCCAACGAAGGGCGCUGCCCGCUUCGCCCAAACCUCAGCUUGAGGGACGCUUACGCCAGGAGAAACGGCCUCACACUAAGAGAUGUCUCCACUUUGCAGGGCGAAGAAUGGCAGGCACUUCGCUCCCCGCUGAACAAGCUCCUGGUGAGGGUAAACGCCGCCACACACUACCUCCCUGCACAAAGUCAGGUCGCGGAUGAUUUGGUGAACUCUUUGGCCAGAGAGGACUUGACUGCGGAAAAGAUAAGCGAGCUGCUCUUCCGGUUCUCUGCAGAAAGUAUUGGUGUAGUCUGUUUCAACAGCCGCCUGGGUUUACUUCAAAACAUUAAUGAGGACAACGCAGAGAUCCAACAGUUCCUCCAGGCAGCCAAGGACAACUUCACAGCGUUGCACGAUUCGCUGACUGGGAAGUCGCUCGCACAUACACUGUACAGAAAUACAACGUAUACUCAAUAUGAGAACUCAAUGAUAGUCCUGAGCCAAUACUCACGUAAAUUAAUCACACAAGCACGACAAAAACUGGAUCAACACAGAAAUGAACAAAGCUUCAACCCAGAAAAACACAACUUGCUGAAUUCCUUACUAUCUGACAAAUCAUUAGACGACGAGUCAGUAUCCCAAAUCCUGGAGUCAUUGUUUAUUGGAGGCACAGACUCGACAGCCGGGUCAAUAGCUGCCCUGUUCUAUAAUCUGGCUAGAAAUCCGGACAAGCAAGACAAACUUGCAGCAGAAGUGAAACAAUGUACUGGUAGCGCCAGUGAAGUGACACCGGAAAUGAUCAGCAGGAUGCACUAUUUGAAAGCCUGUGUCAAAGAGUCAUUUAGGUUACAUUACCCUGCAAGCACUGUAUUUCGAGUCUUAUCCAAAGACAUAGUUGUGUCUGGAUACCAUGUACCAGCCGGGGUUCAGAUAUUUCUGAUGAACGCUCUGACAUGUGAGCACCACUUUGAGAACCCUCGCCAAUACCUUCCUGAGCGAUGGAUGCGAUCUUUUGAAGGACACCUGGGAGAUUCCAUUCCCAAAAAUGCAGUCUUACCAUUCAGUAUGGGGCCUAGAAAUUGUAUUGGCCGACGCUUCGCAGAACAAGAAAUAUAUUUAUCAGCCAUCAAGGUUCUUCAAAAGUUAAAAAUUGGAAUAGCUGACGAGUCACGUGAUGUGAAAUUUGUGUAUAGAAUAUUUCUUCAGCCCGAGCAACCGAUACAGUUUACGUUUACAAAGAGAAGUGAAGGGAUGUAACUCUUACUCCUAUACAUGGACACGAAUCAAAGUGUGAAUGGAUUCGACCUAUCUCUACAGAGAAACAUUUUAAAACAAUUUGUGCUAAGAUAGAAAAUAGGAAGAAAAAAAAGUUUCAGAAUAUGAUAAUAGUAUUUUAAAAAAUCUAGAUAUCAGACCUUGCGAUCUAUAUGGUAGAUGAUCCUAUGGCCUACGUUUGAGGAGGGUGUCAUGUGGCCAGCACAACGAGUCAGGUACCUUUUAGAGUUUGGUUUGAGUUAAAUCAUCCUCAAAAUCGAGACCCGGGACAUCCCGAUUCGUAAGCCGUACACUUGUGUGACCUAUCACUCAACCACUAAAUCGUCAUGUAUUAAAAUUUUAGGAUAGUUUCUUGGUGAUUGAUUCAAUAGAAACAGUAAAUAAAAGAUAGAAUGGAUGCCAGCUAUUAUUUAAUUAGUAGUGUUUCCGCCCUAGUUAAUAUGGAUGCCAGCUAUUAUUUAAUUAGCGGUGUUCCCGCCCUAGUUAAUCUGGAGUCGUGAGUCUUAUUAUCCGCCAAAGUUUGAGUUGUUAGAUAGGUAAAUAUUUAAAAGCAUAUACUAAAAUUAAUUUAAUCAUUCAUGCAAACAUUUUUGAAAAAGAUAACUUUCGUACAAAUAUCUGGCCUAGUGUGUGAUUGUGUGUGACUUGAUAAUAACGAGUAAAUCAAUCGGUUACUUGCGUUUUGAGCUGUUACAAUGGAAGUGCCAUUACUUCUUGUUGUGUAUUGAAUGCAAUCAUUUAUUUCUUUUAUUACACUGUUUUUAUAUAACAUUUUGAGGACAUUCUCCAGAAUCUCUUGCUGCACUGUUGUAUUGCGUUGUUGGAAAGCUACCAAAGAUCUUCAAACAUUGCGUUCAAAAGUAAAUGAAGUUGUGUCCCAAAGACAAGACUGUCCAUUCUGUUCUUAAAGGUUUAGUCCCAGGCGCUCUAAGUCAUUGAGCCUUUUGAUGAGGAGCUGACAAAUAGACUGCUCACUUGUGUACAAUAUUUGUCUUUGAUUUUCUCCUCUCUUAAGUAUGUGAAGUAUGAGCUAGUCAUUUCCUCCAUGUAAGGCCCCCUUUUAUUAUUUUACCUAUCAAAUUCCAUGCUUUGGUUCAAUUAAGGCAAGCCGAAUGCCUUAAAUAUACACCUCACCUAAUUAAUAUUUGAUUUGUUAAAAGCAUAAAGUACUUUCAAACGUGGUGGGUAUAAAUUGUUUUUUUCAAUGACUAUUAUCACCAAUCUGUAUACACAUAAGUGCUACGCUUUAUGAUUAUCAAUUUCGUAUUUUUGAUAGAUCUUUGAGUCUGUUGAACUCUUUUUUUAAUAAUCUUUCUUUUUCCUUUGACAUUGCUGAUGAAUUUAAUCUAACGCUUAUCGGCAAGAGAAUAAUAAGAGAUUUGUAUUAUUUUGUUAUUGGUGCCAUAAGAUCUGAGAACAAUGAAGUAAUGGAUUGUUUCUAAGAACAGCCUUGACUUACUUGACUGACAUGAUUAACUUGACUGAUACGAUUAACUUGACUGAAAUGAUUAAAUUGAAUGCCAUGUCUAACUUGACUGACAUGAGAGGUGACUGCUGUUAAUUGUACUUAUUCUACAAAGAUUUUGUAUUAUUCUUGCCACUAGAUCCUCAGCUUGUUUACUAAGUUGUAUGAGGCAAUGCCAAAUGUAUUUUUUUUGGUUCACACAUACCGUCCACUGUUGCCCAGCUACUGACAUAAAUAUUUGUAUUGUAUUUGACAAUUCCGUUUGGUUUUGUGAACAAUAUUUGUGGUCCCAUUUACAUGGAAAAUAUUUUGUAAUAUAAAAAUAGUUUUGUGAAAAUGAAUAAAAAAUAAAUACUAUUUGAGUCAAUUUUA